GCAGGAUUGUGAACAGAAAAUGGUUGCGAGCGAUGAUGGGAGCCUCGAGCAGUUCACGCUGUUGGCCAAGACAGCGCGAGGACGGGCGUGCGUGGCAUUGAUCCAGCAAGUACUGAGCAACAAGAAGCUGUUUGUGUUUGGUGAACUUCUCGAUAUGCCGAACGUCAAGGCAUUGGCGGAGAGCGACCAGACAGACCAGCAAGGCCAUGCGCGGCUGUUGGCCAUCUUUGCGCACGGUCGGUACCUUGACUAUGUUCGUCAGAAGGAAGACGCGACGUUCCAUAUUCCGGACUUGAACGCUGCCCAGGCGCUCAAGCUACGGAAGUUGACGGUGGUGUCGCUGUGUCAACAACACAAGUCGGUACCGUAUCGGAUCUUGAUGAGGGAAUUGCAGAUCAGCAGCGUUCGGGACGUCGAGGACAUUGUGAUCGAUACCAUCUACUCGGGGCUCGUGGAAGGCAAACUCGACCAAAAGAAUGAAGUGUUUGAAUCGAGCUAUUCCGUCGGGCGCGACGUCCAGCCGUCGGACAUUGACGAUAUGAUCCUUCGACUCACUCAAUGGUUUAACCCUUCCAUCUUUCAUCUAGCUUAUGUUGACACCACAGGCAAAACAACGCGAAACAAGCCUGCCUCCACAUCGACCAAGUGCUCAGCCACGCGACGGCGGUGGAAGCGGAGAAGGCCGAGCGUGACCUGUCGGUGAAGAACACCGUCGCAGCCGUACGCCUUCAGGCCAAGGACCGCCAUCUCCCAGGGAGCGAUGUCGACCCCGAACUCAUCUACGGCGACGGCCAUGGCGGAUCCUACCACCGCCCCAUCUCUGGACCAGGUGCCAAUGGCAAACGUCGCAUGGGGUCCGCCGCCACGCGCAAAGUGCCCCGCAACUAACUACUAAUCCCAUGGAACGAACAACAUGACAUUGGGGUAGUCGGGUUUUAUUACUAACUUAAGUUAGCUUGUUAUAAAUACAUUGUGUGGUGCUUCCAUCGA